AUGGCUCGCAAAAAAAGUGAACCGCGAAAAUAUUCUAGGAUGCUAAGUGGUAGUUACGUUUACCAUAAUAGCGCUUUGGCUAGUAGUAAGUUUGUGAAUUUGUGCAGUGGGCUUCGAAGCUUGACAAUUAUGCGACCUAAGAACAGCGAAGGGGUGUAUGAUAUUUGCAAAGCGGGUCUUCUUGAGACUCUAAACCGCCCUGUAAUUAUGAGACAUUGCAGCGGUAUGUAUGCAACUUAUCUUUUCUUCAACAGAUAUCCCUUAAUUCUGUCUACCAGAAGAAGGAUGCAUCGUAGAGAAGAUGAGUCUGAAAUUGGUGUCGAGACACAAAUCGCCCAAGGGAUGCCGAAUUCGUUUCACUACGAACAAGUCAAAAAUCACCGAUUGAGAACAGUCUGA